AUGGCAAAAGAAAAAGAGCCAAAUGAGCUGAAAGCAGAACUCGAAUCAUGGAUUCGAAAGAAGAAUGAGAUCGUCGAAUCGCUCGAAGCUCUUGAAAUGCAAAUCUACAAUUUCGAAGGAUCAUAUCUAGAAGAUACAACAGAAUACGGAAACGUCCUCAAAGGGUGGGGAAACUUCGCAAAUGCUCCACCUCCAUCGAAAACGAAUCGAUUGGAGAAGAAGUUGAAUAAGAGAAGUAUUCGAGAUGAGGAGAGAUUGUUUUCGAAGAGUUCUACGACAUCACCAUGUAUCACAAAACAAGGAAAUGGAACAGCAAACGGAGGAAGUCAUAGUGGAGAAUCGACGAGUGGAGGAGAUAAUGGAUACACAAAAGAUGAUUCGGAUCUUAACGAUGAUGAUGAUAAUGGUUCAAUCUCCAGUCGUGACUCGAAACCGCCUGCAAAACGACGAAAAUAUUGA